CCAAAGAAAAAGUGACAUUUACCACAUUUCACUCUCAUAGCAUUUCAUGUCAUGAGAACCCCCCUUGCACACUUUUUUUUAAUUGCAAAUAACAGCUGUUUUUAGCAACUGAGAAGCACACGCACACAUUUACACAUCUCCAACUCCAGCUAUCCAAUAUGAUAUCGACGUCGUUUCAUUUUACAAGGCAUUUGAAAAGAAGUUUGCAGGUUACUUUGCCUUUGCUACGCAACCAACUGGAACAAGUUUCAUACUUAAAAAACAUUCCGAAACAUACAUUUUCCUCCAGCAAUAUGAAUCUGAAGAACAGUAAAACCGUAUAUGUAACAAGACCUGAUGUGGCCGGUGUAGGAUUAGAUAUUUUGCGAAAAGAGUGUAAUGUUACGAUAUGGUCCGAGGCCAGACCGGUGCCACGCGACGAAUUACUUAAACAAAUCGAGGGCAAGGACGCCUUAUUUUGUGCUCUAACGGAUAAAAUCGAUGCAGAGGUUAUUGAAAAGGCUGGUCCUCAAUUGAAAUGUAUUGCCACCAUAUCGGUGGGUUAUGAACACAUCGAUUUGAAAGAAUGUAAAAAGCGUGGCAUAAGAGUGGGAUAUACCCCAGAUGUGUUGACCGAUGCCACGGCGGAGCUUACAAUGGCCUUGCUGUUGGCCACCAAUCGUCGUUUGCUGGAAGCCAAUAAGGAGGUUUACAAUGGUGGUUGGAAAUCCUGGGCCCCCAGUUGGAUGUGUGGUCAGGGGUUGAAAGGCUCCCGGGUUGGUCUCUUCGGUUUUGGCCGUAUUGGUCAAGAAAUUGCCAGUCGUUUGGUACCUUUCAAACCGUCCCUAAUUACCUACACCACACGGACCCAACGUCCUGCCGAAGCAAAGAAAGUCAAUGCCGUACAUGUUUCGUUUGAGAAAAUGUUAACCGAAUCUGAUUUUAUUAUUGUCUGUUGUGCCCUAACACCCGACACCAAGGAAAUAUUCAAUAGCUCAGCCUUUGAUAAAAUGAAAAGUAAUUGUAUUUUUAUAAAUAUAUCACGAGGAGCUGUGGUCGAUCAAUCUGCCUUAUAUAGUGCCUUAAAAGAGAAACGUAUAUUGGCUGCGGGGUUGGAUGUAACCACACCCGAACCAUUGCCUCUAGAUGAUGCCCUGCUGAAGUUGGAUAACAUUGUGAUAUUGCCACAUAUUGGUAGUGCAGAGACGCACACUCGAACUGAAAUGUCACGCAUAACAGCCAUGAAUGUAUUGGCUGGUCUAAAUGGUAGUCCAAUGAUAUCGGAGGUGGAGAUUUAAAUUGAAGUUUUUUUUUAUUGAAAAAAAACAAAGUUUUAACAACAAAAUGCUUAGUUAAAAAGUUACAAAAAAUAUAUGGUUGUUGUUAAGAAGACGCAAACUGCUUGAAAGACAUA